UACGUGGCGGCGGCUGGUGACGGGGUAUCGGCGGUUUCUGUCCCCGGAGCGCGAGGCCUGGCACACGGCGGCAGCACAGGCAGCGGCAGCGCAGGGCAGGGCUAGGCCGCGGGCAACCGUGGCUUCUACUUGGCCAUCGCCUGCUCCGACGGUUUAACGAGAGCGGAGCAGCGCUGCUUGAAUGGCCUGGUGCCUGUCUACACAAGCGUCAGGAUGGUAACACAAAAGGAUGCACAAGCUCUGGUUCUCCUGCUGUAUGUGUGCUGGCUCCUGCCAUUGUUGUCUGAUGCCGAUAUCCACCGUGCCAAUGCCAAGAAGCUGGCCAGAAAGGCAGCAGCCACACAGGGUGCUGCGGGCAAUCAAAGGUGGUGCUCUCAAAGUGUCUUCCAGCUGCGCUCCUGGUCGGAACUGUUUGUGGGGGAGCGGGUGGAGGCCUGGAUCUGCUCGAUGAUUGGGGCCGUGCUGGUUGGGCUCACCGGGAUCUUCCCACUGCUUGUCAUCCCCAUCAAAGCCGGGCCUGCUCUCAGAUCACAAGAGGGCUGCCAGCGGCUGAAGCAGUUGCUGAGCUUUGCGAUUGGUGGCCUGUUAGGGGAUGUCUUCCUGCACCUGUUACCAGAGGCCUGGGCCUAUACUUGCAACCGCAAUCAAGGCGGAAGUCAGAGCCAUGAGCAACAGCGGAAGCUGGGGAUGUGGGUGAUUGUUGGCUUUCUGUUUUUCUUCGUGUUGGAGAAAGUUUUCCCAGACACGGGUGCUGAGGAGGAGUCUGUCGGUUACACAGCGCCACCCAGAGUGCUUAAUGGCCGGAAGCAGGUGAAGCAGCUUUCGAACAAGAAGGGCCUUUCCUACCACCGUGUCGGCUGCAGUGGCUCCUUCAUCGCGCUCCCAAACGGUCACUGCCGGGCCUCUGCUCUCAAACAUAAAGUCUCUGAGCAGCCAGUGCAAGCCAUAAAGAUCAGUGGUUACCUGAACCUGAUCGCUAACCUGAUUGACAACUUCACACAUGGACUGGCUGUGGCCGGCAGUUUCCUCGUCAGCAGGAAGGUGGGGCUAAUCACUACCCUGGCCAUCCUCCUGCACGAGGUACCCCAUGAGAUCGGGGACUUUGCCAUCUUGCUGAGGGCGGGGUUUGAUCGCUGGAGCGCUGCCAAGAUGCAGAUGACGACAGCGUGUGGCGGGGUGUUGGGGGCCUGCUUCGCUCUGUGUGCCCAAUCUCCAGAGGGAACAGGAGACAGCGUGGCCUGGAUUCUGCCUUUCACCUCAGGAGGGUUCCUGUACAUCGCUCUGGUCAAUGUGGCUCCUGAUCUGCUUCAAGAGACCGAUUUAUGGUG